AUGGCUCCAUGGGAGAUUGUAGAACUCGAGUCCGUGUGGAUGUACUUCCACGGCAAAUGUAGCCAACCAUUCAAGGAAAUUGCAGAUGAUCUUAUGCAGUAUGGUGAUAUAAUGACCGAGCACACGCUAGAUCGCAUGGGCCCAGCAUUUAUCUUCAAGUUCCUGAAUAUGAAUGAGUUUCUGGAUCGUCGAGACUUGAUACUGGUCAACGGGUAA